GUGCUUGAUCGCUUGAUUGGGUUGGAUGUGGCAUGUGGCAUCACUGCACUGGGUUAAUUACAGUGAUGUGGGAGGGAGCUAAUUUUAGCUUCUCGCUUCUCGUAAUUUUUAAUUAAUUAAUUAUAGUGAUUUCACUUUUUAAGUGUAAAAUUAUUAUUGAAAUACAUAAAAUCAAGUGUACUCAAAUGGAAGUAAAGCAAGAAGUUAGCGAGGAAACGUGUAAAAUAGAAAUAGAGUAUACUGACUUAGAUGAUUUUAAAUGUGAAAUUCAGGAGCAGGAGAAAUCUAGUACGCCCCACAGUACACAGGACGCUAAUGACUAUUUACACUUAAUGGAAUAUCCCAUAAAUACGCAAAUAGUACAUCAUGGAAAUAAACUUAUCCAAUUUCAAGAAUACCAGAAAACUGAAAGAGGUUAUCCUCAAGAGGAGAGCAAAUUGGAGGUUAUGGAGACACUACUAAUGAAACAUUCAUCUCAUGAAGGAAGUUAUAUGACCCAACAAGAUGAAGGAAAAGCAUUAAAUCAAAAUGUUAUGGAAGUUAUUGCGACUGGACAAAAACCUUACAAGUGCGAAGUUUGUUCUAAGCAGUUUAGCAAAUCAAGUCAAUUAAAAAUACAUUCCAAUGUACACACUGAAGACAAGCCUUACAAGUGUGGAAUUUGUUUUAAGCAGUUCAACCAAUCAAGUAAUUUGAAAACACAUUUGAGAGUACACACUGGAGAAAAGCCUUAUAAGUGUGAAAUUUGUUUUAAGCUAUUUUCUCACACCAGUGCUCUGAAACUACAUAUGAGAUUGCACACUGGAGAAACCCCUUACAAGUGUGAGGUUUGUUUUCAGCAGUUUUCUCGAGCAGGUCUUCUAAAAAAGCAUUCGCAAAUACACACUGGAGACACACUUUACAAGUGUGAGAUCUGUUUUAAACCGUUGAGUGGACCUAGUGCUUUGAAAACACAUUUGAGAGUGCACAGUGGAGAAAAACCACACAGGUGUGACACUUGCUUGAAACAGUUUUAUACUAAAUUUGAAUUGAAAAGACAUUUGAGAAUGCACACUGGAGAAAAUCUUCACAAGUGUGACGUUUGUUUUAAAGAGUUUAGUGAACCAAGUACUUUGAAAAACCAUUUGAGAGUGCACACUGGGGAAAAACCAUUCCAGUGCGAUAUUUGUUCUAAACAGUUUAGUGAAGCAAGUAAUUUGAAGACACAUUUGAGAGUGCACACUGGGGAAAAACCAUACAAGUGUGAAGCUUGCUUAAAACACUUUCUUACUUCGAGUGAUUUGAAAAGGCAUUUCAGAACGCACACUGGAGAGAAACUUCACCAGUGCGAGAUAUGUUUUAAACAAUUUACUGAAGCAGGUACUUUGAAAACACAUUUGAGAGUACACACUGAAGAAAAACCUUACCAGUGUGAUAUUUGUUUUAAGAAUUUUGCUCGAGCACAUGUCUUAAAAAAUCAUUUGCGAAUCCACACUGGAGCAAAACCAUACAAGUGUGAGAUAUGUUUUAAGCAGUUUUCUCAAAAACAUUUUAUAAAAAUCCAUUUAAGAACACACACUGGUGAAAAACCUUACCAGUGCGAGAUAUGUUUUAAACAGUUUUCUCUAACAAAUCACCUAAAAAGACAUUUGCGAAUACAUAGUGGAGAAAAACCGUACAAAUGCGAGAUUUGUUUUAAGCAGUUUUCUCGGGAUAGUCAUUUGAAAGUUCAUUAUAAAGUACAUAUUGGAAAAGAGCUUAACCCUUUCAGUGUGCAUGGCACGGAUUCGUGCCAGGCUGCGUUUUCAGACAGUGCGAGUGGCACGGAACUGUGUCAAACUGAGUUUUCAGACAGUGCAAGUGGCACUGAUCCGCAUCAAGCUGUGUUUUCAGACAGUGUGAGUGGCACUUAUCCGUGUCAAGCUGUGUUUUCAAACAGUGUGAGUGGCACGGUGCCGUACCCGGCUGCGUUUUCAGACAGUGCGGGUGGCACGAAUCCACGUCAAGCUGUGUUUUCAGACAAUGCGAUUGGCACGGAUAAGUGCCAGGCUGUGUUUUCAGACAGUGUGCAUGGCACGGAUCAGUGACACUGUUGCACAUGCACAUUCUCACUUUAAUUGCCAUUCUGAGCGCUAGUUCAAGGUAGACGUACGUUGACGAGUGUGUAGCGUACGUAUCGAGACUUCUAAAAAGUUUGUUUCGGAUUUUGAUUUUCGUAGGUAGAUUAAUAUGGAUGAUAGUACCUAAGGCAAGACCGUCAGACAAAAAUGUCAUUUUGAAUGGUUGUUGGCAACUUCAACAUGUGAACAACUCAAUUUGGGAUCAGAUGGUACCGUGGGCAUAAUACAUGUGAUAUUUUGUGCAUCCAUGUUUAAUUUCAUAAUUCUAGUCAAUGUUUUCAUGACUGAUUAAAGUUUAAUAUUUUCAUUUUGGUGGUUAGCAUGUCGGCACUGAUGAUAACCUGUUAUCAGAUUGAAAACUAGUUCUGCUUGUAAUGUAGGCCUUUUUAGGAUUUUAAUAAAUAUAUCUUUUAUAAAGGA